GUAAAAGCUUUAAAACCUCCCAGUUCUAUAAAAUAAAAAUUAUAUCAAAUUUGCUAAAAACAAGAAAAAAAACAGCAUUAACACAAUAAGCUUAAUCCAAAUUAAAUUAUUAGUAGCUAAACCAAAAAACAUUAUAAUUAUCAAACAUGGACGAGAUGCCGGAUUUAUCGCAUUUGACACCACACGAACGAAUGCAGAUUGAGAAUGUUCUGAUGCGACAGAAACAGGAAGAAGAGCAACAGAAUGAGAUAAUGAGACGCAAGCAGGACGAAGUUGUCUCCUUGGAAAUGCAAAUCCGACAACGUUCCGAACAGCAGAAGAAAGCUGGUGUCGAACUGGAUGCCACCUGUCACAUAUGCCUUAAGACCAAAUUUGCCGAUGGUGUUGGACACAUUUGCCAUUACUGUAAUAUACGUUGUUGUGCUCGAUGUGGCGGCAAAGUGACGCUACGCAGCAACAAGGUUAUUUGGAUAUGCAUAUUAUGCCGCAAGAAACAGGAGCUAUUAUCCAAGACAGGACAAUGGAUGAACAAAUCCACAGUCCAGCAAGAUGGUUUCAUUCGGCGCAUAGAGCCCGAUGGCAGCAGUGACAUAUCACAGCAGGCCAUGACCCCACAUGAUUCCACGGACAAACGUCCCAAGUUGGAACGAACUCGCAGUGCCGCUGAGAAAGAAAAUCAGCCAAUGCAACGGGCUGGCAGCAUGCUUCGGCGCCAAUACUCCCAACAAGAGCAGCCCACAAAUCGCCGUUUGUCGGCCUCAGAUUCUGGCCUAGAUCCUAUGAUGAUGAUGGGGGGUACAGGAAAUGUUGGCCCUAAUUCUAGCCAGCCGCAAUCGCAGCAACCACGGCCUCGAAUGCAACCCAUGAAUCCUCAACAAGCGCAACAAUACCAACAGCAACAACAACAGCAGCAGCAGCGUGCAGGACCCUCAGGAGCUUAUCCAGAAGAUGAUCCGCGCUAUUAUCAGGGCGAACUGGAUGGUUUAAUGCGGCAACAUCCACAUUUGGCUCAUCCCAGUCAAGUGCAUUCACAGCAGCAACAUCGUCAAUCACCGCAGCAACAGCAUCAACAAUAUUCAGUUAGACAACAACAGCAACAGCAGCAGCAACAACAACAUCAACCAACACAACAACAACAAUCUUACCAAGCCCAAAUACAUUAUCAACCACAAUCUACGCAGCAGCAGCAACUGCCUCAUCAGGCAACUCAACAAAUAUCCGGAGGAGGAUCUGGCGGCUAUCAAAAGCCUCCACCAUUGACGCGCAAUCUAACCAUUAGCGGGGGACAUGCUAUGGAUUCAACAUCAUUUAACCAGCAACAACGAAGAUCAUUAGCCGGUUCUCAAUAUGCCUCACAACAACAACGAUCGUUCAGCAGCUCCGAGGAGGAAUUCCAAAGCCAAAUGUUGGCUGCCCAGGCCGCACAAAGUCAGACUGGUGGAGGUGGAGGAGUUAUUCAAGCUGGUUCCGAUUAUGAUGGCGGCCGUCUGCAAGUGCGCCAACAGGAUCCUUGGCGUCAACAGCGUAGCCUGAAUGAGCGCGAUCUGCUGAGUGUCAGCGAUUACCGUCUCACUCUUGGCCAACAUACUAAUCAGAGGCUUUACUCAUCCGCCGAUCAGCGGGAUCGCUACGAACUACAGCUGCAGCAUCGCGAGCGGCUGGAACAGUAUCCAUUGACGAGGACAGCUCGGCUGGAUGUGCAACAGCGGAAUACAUUGAGUCGCAGUAAUCACGAGCGACAGUUUUACGUAGGAGCUGGUGGAGCUGGUUCUGGUGGUGGUUCCGCCUACCGCCGUGCGCCGCCCUUGGCUGCAGCCAGUGCUGGGGCCGGCAGCAGCAGCAGCAGUACCACCAGCAGCAGCUACUAUCCAAAGCCACAAAUUGUGAUUGGUUCAGGGGCCGGCACAACGACCUAUGAUCGGGGUGUGAUGUCCGCCGACGAAGUCAGUAGCACAACACGCGGCAGCCUGAGCCGAGAGCGCGGUCUAUUGGGUGCUGCUGGUGGCGGUAGUAGUUCGGUCAGUUCAACUGAAGCCGCCUACUGGGAUGACCCUGCAGGCAGCACUUCCUCAUCAUCGGCUGCCCAGGAUUCACGGCGUUUUACCGAGCGUAGAAUAAAGAAAACUGUUCGAUUUGAUGCCCAUGAUGGUGAUGUCACUGUUGUGGGCAUUCCAGUCGGUGGAGGGGUAGGGGGCUCUCUGCCCCCUGUCACAACAAUAUUGCCAUCGACGGCGGUUGAUGUGGGAGCGGCCACCAUACUGACUAGUGGAAAAAUAUUAGGCCACGAUGGUGCAACAGAUUGGUCCGGACGCUGGGAUAACGAGCGUCAGGGUAGUCAAGAUUCAGCCACCAAGGAUUCAGGAAUUGAUACAAGCAGCACAUUUACCAGCAGCGAGGACUCGAAUCGUGGAGAUGUGCCGAAGAAUCCGGUGAAUUGGCAAACAUCCGCGGAUAAUACUCGCAUGAUUGGUCACAUGAUUUUACGUAAAUACUAUGAUGGGGAAGAUAUAUUAGGAUUAAAGGUGAACGGUGGUCAGCCAAUUCGCAACAUUGGAGGAGCAGGAGCAGGCGCAAGUGGACGUGCUGCGAUUGUUGAAAAAGUCAAACGGGGUUCAGUGGCCGAUCUUGAGGGCCGUAUUAGACCAGGCGACGAGAUCAUCGAAUGGAAUGGGCGUAAUUUACAUAACAAAAGCACUGAUGAGGUCUACGAUAUCAUUGACGAAAGUCGAUUGGAUGCACAAGUGGAAUUGAUUGUAUGCCGUUCGUUGUUAUUGCCACCAACAGGGGGGACAAGUGGAAUCAGUGGUGGUGGGGCCGAUAGUGGUGGAAGUAGUAGCAACGUAAGCCCAAGUAGUGCCUGUUCCGCCGCCUCUGGUUCGGCCACUAGCAGCAACGCCACGCGUCGAUCCACGGCCAAUUUUCCGCACAGCGGUCUGGCCAGCAGUAUGGCAGGAAGUGCAGUGGUCAGCAGCGGCGGACGUUAUAUACAACGCAAAGCCCCAACAGUUGAUGUCAUCGAACUGCAACAUCAACGUGAUAAGCCCAGCGUUUUGAUUACAUCGCCGGGUUCGCCAGAUUUCAAUGUGAGUGCAUUGACGGCUCCAUCGUCAGGACAAGGACUACGACAACGUGGCGGCUCACAGCACCAAAAUUCCAACCACCAAACGUCACAGACUCAGCAACAGCAGCAGCAGCGACUUGGACCAAGCCUUAGCAGCAGUCACAGCAGCAGCGGAAGCAGCAGCGGCACCGCCAACAGCAGCAACGCCACCGCCACAUCUGGCGGUCUACACGGCACAACGACGGCGGGCCACCAUCAUCAUUGCCAUCAGGCAGCGCCAUCAUCGUCAUCGCACGCGCAUCAUGGCCACCCCCACAUGGGCACCACCACCCAACCCAUACCAAUUGAAGGACGAUUGCAGCUUAAAAUCGGCUACGAUCAGAAUACGCUGCAGUUGAUUGUGACUUUGGUGUGCGCCACUGGAUUAUCCCUGCGUCAGAGCGGUGCAGCUCGUAAUCCCUAUGCAAAAGUGUUCCUGCUGCCCGACCGUAGUCAUAAGUCAAAGAGACGUACGAAAACAGUGGGCACCACUUGUGAGCCUCGCUGGGGUCAGACCUUUGUGUAUUCGGGGCUGCGACGCUGUGAUCUCAAUGGUCGUCUGCUAGAGGUCACUCUGUGGGACUAUGUGCGGUAUGGAGCCAACGAUUUCCUUGGCGAGGUUGUGCUCGAUUUAAGUCAUCUGAUAUUGGACGAUGAGGCUGAAUGGUAUCAGCUGCAAGGGCAUCAGGAUACCUCAUAUCUCUUACGUGACGAGGGCAGCGAUGUGGACGGCCUGAUACUGACACCGACAGAUCAUUUAUCACCACCAAGCACCAUGUCGCGUCUUAGUGAUUCGGAUACCAUGUCCGAAUGUGACAUCGAUGGAAUGACACCCGGGGCCAGCAUAUCAUCAAUGGGAAGCUCAGCCAGCCCACCGCCGCCCCCCUUGAUAGAGCUUGAUUUAAACGAGCGUCGAUCCAGACGCGACAUGUCACCACAAGGCCGUAAACGGGUAGCCGGAAUGGUGGCUCGUGAUUAUCGCACUGUAUCUGGCAUUGGACAAAGUUAUCAUAAUCAGGUAUCUGGAACUGGCUAUUACCGACGUGGAAAUGGUGUUGGUCCCGCCAUUGGUCCUGGUGGUAUGAGCCUGAAUCAAAGAAGUCAUUCGGCAGCUCCUAGUGAUAAUUACCAUAGUGGCGAAAGGGGAGUAGGACAAGGUGGUGCGCCUUGUGCAGGUGUUGGCUCCGGUUACGGCUAUAGAAGCAGUAGUCCACGACGUGGUUCACUAUCGCCACCUGACGAUCGGUAUACAGAUUAUCCAGUGCUUCCAGUACACCAUUCAAGUGGACAAAGCAGCGGCACAGCGGCGGCAACUAUACAACAGCAACGAUUUCAAUCAAGAUCCGCUACAGCCACGCCCACAGGCUCCCCAAAGAAGCGGCAACUGCCGCAGGUGCCCGGACAGUCUUCACGCAGUGCCAUGCUGAGAGACCGAUUGGGCCAGGAUUUCGAUGAACGUUUGGCCGGGGGCAGCCGUUUUGGCAGGCAUCGCACACGACAGCCGCAUCAUCAGGCCACAUAUCGCAGCACCGGCAUGGGUGGUUGGGAGCGACACUAUACUGGACUUUCGGACAGUGAUCUGCAUGCCAUGGACACCACACGAAUGCGUCCGCGGCACUCUCUGUCGCCGGACAAGGAUUUUAUGGGCGAAUUCGGUGACUCUGAUAUGGAAUCGGUGGUUAGUGUGACAUCUAGUGCUUUUUCUACGCAAUCCGAAAGACCUCGUACUUCCCGUGGACUCAGCUACCCACGCAACUGGCGCAGCUUCCUAUCCCCCCAUGAUGCAGCAAGACUUGGAGGAGCAACUAUCAUGGAACCGAAUCGCGCCAAUACCAUUGAGGUCGACGACUUUGAUUAUUUGCCAUCGAUGCUAUUAAUGGAACAAUUGGACCAACUGCAGCAAUUGGCUUCGAUGGCUGCAGCCGACUCACCACCCAAUACGGCUGGAUUGGGGCGGCAACACAUUGUCAUAACAGAUGCUGCGAAUGGAAGCCACCUGAUGGAACAGUUCUUAAUCGAGCCCGGCAUUGUAGCUGAGGAAAUGCCAAUGGCACCAGUAACAGUUACUUUACCAGUACCAGUACCUCUACCGGCAAGGCCAUCUUCACUUGAUCCACUCAAUCCUCAUCUUCAUUUACAUAUGCAUUCAGCCAACUCCGGCUCCUAUUUGUCGCCAACUUGCCAUUCAUUUUUAACGCCCAACGGACGCCAAUCUAUACCCGCUCCUGCCCACGCCCACGCCCACGCCACCACCACCGCCUCCAACCAUGCUCACACUGCUGCCAAUACAUAUGCGCUACCUACGAGCUACGAGCAAUUUAUGAAUCUCUUUCGCAGCUCCUCGCCCAUGCCACCCGCCCACGAUCAUGCACACACAGUAUCCUCGUCUCCCUCGUCGUAUGUUGGCUAUGUGCGUGAUCAUUUGGACAAGAGCUGUAGUCAUUGCCAAAAUGGCAGCCAGCCGGUGGUGCUAUCCACUAACACAGCCCUGGCCACACCUGGUGUAGCGAUUGGGGCUUGCUCGGAUCCUUGUUGCUUGGCCGAUUCACAUCCCCAUCCCCAGCAUCAACCCAUUGCCUAUCCGUACAGUGCCGAACAAUUGAUGCGUCGGCCCUCACUCUCCAUGUACCGAACAUCGAGUGCCAACUCGGAACCAUCGCUACCCACCAUGGAUCCGUCUAUGUGCGGUGAAUGCGUGGAUCAGCAUUUUCUAGGCGGACACACUGGGCCGCAAGUAAAUCUUGGUGCAGUACCCACAUACCAUGUGCACACUCCGACUCCCACGGCUCAUCGUCGAGCCAAAACCAAGAUUUCAAUCCCGACACCACAACUGCCCACUCAAUCGGUGUUGCGUCUUUCACGGCAAUUGAGUGAAGACGCUCUAGUGUCGGCCGUACCCAUAUCAGAGGCUGUUGCCAAGGCCCAACCCACAUCAAUACUGAAGAAACCAAAGCUUGAUCGUCGCCGCAUGUUUCAUGAGGCUGGACAAUCACGAUCCCUGGACUAUGAUGAUCUGCAUACAAAAAGUUGGGGACGACGACGUAUCCGUUACGAGGAUGAGGUGCAAUGCCAGUAUCCUAGUCAUGCUGUUAAUGAAGCCAUAUCACGGAGUUUUGGUUCCGAAACAAAUAUACGCCAAUCCUAUAUGGGAGCCAACGUGGAUGCCCAAAAUCCAUUGAGUCACUCUCACUUUCUCGUCACCGAUGACAAAAUUGUGACAAUCACCUAUGAUUCGGAUGUCGGUUGGACACGACGCGGCGUAGCACCAUCACAUUUUCGGGGACCACACCGUCAUCACAUGUCGCUAGACUUGCAGCGGACGAAUCAACAGAAACUCUAUGGACCUGCGGCGCCAUAUUUGAAACGACGACGAAAUCUACCCCACCCACCAAGUGCACAAAAUGCGCAUAAUUUUUCACCAAUGGAGGUGGGUGGAGGUGGAGGGACAGCGGGAAUGUUAGAUGGCAACGAUUUCGGUGUGGGAGCUGGUGUCGACAGCGGGAUCGGGGGCGGCGUACAUAACACUUUUACAACCAAUCCAGAUCCACACACAACCACAAACUCCUCCACCAACCACAAUCUCAAUAGCCAAGCGAGUAGUGUUAGUUUUAGUAGUCAUAGUCACCAACAACAACAACAACAACAACAACAACAACUACAACAACAAAAAGGGAAAGAAGGCGGAACGAUGGCAUCGGAACAACAGACGAAAAUUGGUAGUGGGAGCGGUGGUGCAGCAGCAACUGCAUCCGCUGCUGCUGCUGGUCAUGUCGUCGUCGGUGGUAAUAAUGCUAAUAAUGCUUCUUCUUCCUCUUUUGCAAAUCCCCCACAACAACAACAACAACAACUACAUCACGGUGUCAUGGCAACAACAACAAAUGCAUCACCCAAUCAACAACAACGACUCCCAUCAUCGACAACAACAUCAACAAUACCAAUAACAACAACACCACUACACAACAACAAUUUGACGCUACAUGACGCAACAACCACCAACAAUCCCACACCAACAACAACAACAACCACCACCACUUCCACCAUCACAAAUACAUGCACAAAUCUCACAUCAACAACAACAACAACAACCACAUCGUCGAAUCUAAUGACUGCGGCGGCGGCGGCGGCGGCGGCGGCGACGAUGACAACAACAACAACAACAACAACCACAACAAAUGCUACAACAACUGCCACAACGAACGAACCAAACGCAACAAACGAAUCAAAUCCAAAUCCGGAUGCAAACACCGACGCGGAUGCUCUUGAUGUUAUCGAUUGGGAUGCAAUUGAUGCCAUGUUGGAUGAUGAUUUUAGCGAAUAUGAUAAAGAGAAAAACGGCACAGACGGUACCGGUGGGAUCGGUGGUGCCAAAUCGACAGAAGGUGGUGCCGAGGCUGAAGAGAAAGUGGAUGGAAGCCUCUCUGAUACGACAACCGACCGCAAGAAAGGCGGCGGCGGUGCCAUCGAUCAGGAACGUUCACCCAAGAGCGGCAGCGGUAUGGGAAAGAAAUCGAAUUCAACCUCGCAAUUAUCAGCAACAGGUCGUAAAAGACGUAUGGGCUUUGGAAAGAAGGGUAAGAACUCGUUUACGGUGCAUCGCAGCGAAGAAGUGUUACCCGGUGAUAUCACGCGCGAGAUGCGCGGCGGAGGCAGUGGUAUCAGUGGUGGAGCUGGUGCCGGUGGCCUUUCGCGUGGCUCCUCAUCGGAGGCGGAUGCCAUUGAACAGUUUUUCGGCGAUGGCGCUGGUGGGGAAAGAUUCUCACCUUCAUUGCGUAAUGAUGGUGCACUGAAUGAGUUUGUUGAUGGCCUUGGGCCUGGGCAGUUGGUGGGCCGGCAAGUCUUGGGUGCACCUUCGUUAGGUGACAUACAGCUGUCGUUGUGCCAUCAGAAGGGCUUUCUAGAGGUAGAGGUGAUACGAGCGAGGGGUUUGCAGCAAAAACCGUCAUCAAAAAUGCUUCCGGCUCCCUAUGUCAAAGUCUAUUUGGUUUCCGGCAAACGUUGCAUUGAUAAAAUGAAAACCUCAACAGCGCGACGGACAUUAGAUCCACUUUAUCAACAACAAUUGGUAUUCAAGCAGCCCUAUAAUGGUUGUGUUCUACAGGUGACCGUUUGGGGCGAUUAUGGAAGGAUUGAAAAAAAAGUGUUUAUGGGAGUGGCACAGAUAAUGCUCGACGAUCUGAAUCUAUCCAAUAUCGUUAUUGGCUGGUACAAGCUCUUUGGCACCACCUCACUGGUCAGUUGUCCCACUAAUAUAGGUUUAGGCUCUAGGCGUUCAUCAUUAGCCUCACUCGAUUCACUUAAACUCUAAUUAAAAAUAACAACAACAACAACAACAACUUUAACUAAAAGCCGUUCUACAUACACAACAACAACUUCGUACAACAGAUUAUAUAUAUAGACAUAAAUCGCAUAAUUAGAUCGAAGCAAAUUUAAAAUUGGAAUAUUUGCAAAUAGUCAACAAAUUUUCUAUGCAAAAACAUGUACAAAAACUAAAAAUCUUCCAUAAACACACGCACUUUUCCUGUACUAUAAAUAAAACGCUUGUUCUAACAUAUAUACACACAUACAC